GACAGGUGAAAUAGUGCACGUUCCGAACGUAUUCAAAAUUCGAAUUCUACUCGCGCGCAAUAUACUUUUACUUUUGCCUAUUUCGUUACAUAAUCUGUGUCACAAUAAAGUCUGUGGUUGUGUGUUUUGUGUUGUGGAGUGCAGUGUUUUAUGGAUUGACCCACAAAAAUGACACAGUAAUUAAAAAACACGUGAUGUCUGCGGAGGUGUCCGGGGGGUGUGUGAACAAGGGGUUCGAGGGUGUCGACGACGGCUUCCACACCAUAGACCUUCGCACCCGCACCGAUGAUGCCAGGGUGGAGCCCGGAGAGCUGCGGUGCGGGUGGGGCGCGCUGCGGCCGGGCUGGCUGCAGCGGUUCCGCACCGCCAAGUGGGCGCUGUUCUGGCUGUGCUGGGCCGGCGCCAUACAAGGUAUGGUGGUGAACGGUUUCGUGAACGUGGUGAUCACCACCAUCGAGAAGCGAUUCGGCCUCCGCUCCAUGCAGACCGGCGUCAUAGCGGGCGGCUACGACAUGGCGUCCUUCGCGUGCUUAGCUCCUGUAACCUACCUGGGCGGUAGAGCCGGCUCCUCCAAGCCGCGCUGGCUGGGCUGGGGGGUGCUGCUGAUGGGCACUGGCUCCCUGCUGUUCUCGCUGCCCCACUUCCUGGUGCCAGUCUACAAGGUGGCGGGGGAGGAGCCCGACGACCUGUGCGUGAUGAAUCGGACUUCGCCUGCUCUCGACUGCGACGGCGGCAGGAGCUCCGAGGGUGGCGGAUGGGCGGUGGCCAUCUUCGUGCUGGCUCAGCUGCUGCACGGCGCCGGUGCUACCCCGCUCUUCACACUUGGCGUCACCUAUAUAGAUGAGAAUGUCACGAAGAAGAUGUCUUCGGUGUAUCUGGGUGUGUACUACACGAUGGCGGUAGUGGGUCCAGCGCUGGGAUACGUGGUGGGCGGACAGAUGCUCAAGAUAUACACAGACUUCGCCACUGUCGAUGCUACGUCGUUGGGCAUAACCCCGCUGAGCUCGUCGUGGAUCGGCGCGUGGUGGGUGGGGUUCCUGCUGUCGGCGCUGCUGUGUCUAGUGGUGGCGGUGCCGCUGCUCGCCUUCCCCUAUGAGCUGCCAGGUGCUGAAGAAAUCCGCAACUCCAAAGUAUCGGAAGCACACGAGGGGUCAGCGUCUAAGUCAGCCGCUUUCAACGCUUUGAAAGAGCUGCCGAAAGCCGCUGCAGCUCUGUUCAAAAACCCGACCUUCAUGUUCCUCAACCUGGCCGGCGCGAGCGAGGGCAUGCUGAUCUCGGGGUUCGCGGCGUUCCUGCCCAAGCUCAUUGAAAACCAGUUCGCUGUCAACGCGUCUUCAGCUGCUCUGUUGUUAGGCGUGAUAACCGUCCCUGCUGGCGGCGGCGGCACCUUCGCCGGCGGCUGGCUGGUCAAGCGCUGGCGUCUCUCAUGCGCUGGCAUCAUCAAGCUGUGUGUGGGCGCGACGCUGCUGGCCGCAGUCUUCUCCUUCUCUUUCGUACUAAGCUGCGACAACGUGCCGUUUGCAGGUGUUACCGUGCCGUAUGAGAGCCCGCCGGUUGUUGGGGGCUCCCCGAUAGAAGCGCUAUGUAACGCCGGUUGCGGGUGCGCGGUUGGCGCUGGUGCGGGCGUAUGCGGCGCGGACGGGCGGGCGUACGCAUCGCCGUGUCUCGCCGCCUGCCGCCGCGCGGAACGUCACGCGCGCCGAACUACGUAUAGAGACUGCGCGUGCGUUAGCGCCUCGCUGCUGCCAAUAUACACCGACCCAGAGACGAACGUGUCGGUGGAGUACGAGGCGGUGGACAGCCCGUGCUCGGGCUCGUGCCCGCACCUGUGGCUGUUCGUGUUUCUGUCCUUCUGCGUGAUGCUCUUCACCUUCACAGCCACCAUGCCCGCGCUGUCUGCCACGCUCAGAUGCGUACGGGAAGACCAGCGGUCCUUCGCACUGGGCAUCCAGUGGAUCCUUGUCCGGCUUUUGGGCACCAUCCCCGCGCCGCUCAUGUUCGGGUUCCUCAUCGACCUGUCCUGCUCGCUGUGGUCUUCCAACUGCGGGACCACAGGUGCCUGUCGACUGUACGACAACAGAUACAUGAGCAGGUACAUGCUAGCGAUCGCCCUAGUCGGCAAGCUCUGUUCUGUGCUCUUCUUUUUCCUGGCGUGGUGGUGCUACCGGCCGCCUAACAACAACGCAGUGGCUCCCGCGCUGGUGUUGCACGACAAGACCAACAUCACAACUGUCAACACUGUCAGCGCUGCUGUCAACGGCGUCAACGGCAACGGCCUCGUCAACGGCGCUGACGCCAAUGGAUACUGCAACGCAGCUUUAGAGUGCAGCGACCAUUUAUAAUUUUUGUGAGAAACAGCAAGCACGCGCACAUUUUGUUACAUGUUCUGAGAAGUAGGACGGGCCGUAUUUACGUCGGCAGAAAAAGGCAAUGUUGUAACAUCACUCAGCAGAGAAUUGCUCAUUUAUUGUACCCACAUUGGUAUAAUAAUAUAAUAAAUAGAGAUCAGCCAAUGACGACACCUUGAUGCCAAUUCGUAUCGACAUAAUGCUCAGGUGAGAUAAAAAUCCAAAAUUGUAGUAGGUACCUAAUAUUAUGGUUACCAUACAAGUAAAUUGUGUUACUGUUCGCUAUAAUAUUAACACCAUAGUCACAAGAAUGAUGUUUUAUACAUUGUAAUAUUAACUUAAUAAAGAAAAUGAUGCACAUUCAACAUCCUAUUGAAAAGUUUUUAAGUUCCGGUCAAUGUAUGUGUAAGUAGAGUAUACCCAUACUAAUAAAAAAAAUAUAUAAACGGGUAGGUUAUGCAUAUCUACAAGAAUUUGUUGGAGGAUCAUGAUUCAUGGAUGAUAUUUGUCUUGGUUUCGAAACAACUGCCACUCAAAAUAACCCAAAAGCCGCUUGCAAAAUGAUGCUGAUUGAUUUUAAAAAGAGAGAGAUAUAAAACAGAUGUCACGCAAGUGUGAAGUGACAAACCAAAAAUCUAUGAUUAGUGCGAUUGCAGGUGAUUAGUGAUUACGAUAAUAUAAAGAACUUGCACUAAUCAG